CACUGACUGGCACUGAUAGGUGGCACUGACUGGCACUGAUUGGCAGCACUGAUAGGUGGCACUGAUUGGCAUUGAUAGGUGGCACUAACUGGCACUGAUGGGUGACAUUGAAAGGCAGCUCAGAUGGGCACUGAUAUGUGGCAUUGAUGUGCACUGGUAGGCACUGAUAUGUGGCAUUGAUGUGGCACUGGCACGUUCAGCACCGGCAGCUGGCACUGAUGGACACUGACAGGUGGCACUUCUGGGGCCACACUGAUCAUCAGGGCACACUGAUCAUCAGUGCCCUGAUGAUCACUGUCAGCGUGACAGCUCGUGAGGAGAGAAAUGCUGAUAACCGGCAUUUCCCUGUUUACAUGUGAUCACAUGACCGAGCCGACAU